CCCAGUUCCCAGUGCAUCAGCAGCGGUGGUCUAGAGUGCAAAAACCGACGACGAGUAACAUCACAUUGUGUUGUAGUGGCAGAGCGAGCGCGUUCUCCGGUGUUUUUUCCCCAUUCGGUGUGUGUGUGACGGAGUGUGAUUCGGUUCAAUUCCUGACUGACUGACUCACUCACUCACUCACUCACUAAACUCCACCCGAGGAGUCAGUCUCCCCGUGGCGGUGCGGACGGUGGUUGUGGUGGUGGUGGUUUUUGGAUGUGGAUUAAUUGCUUCGUCCGUCAUCAUCCUGGCUGCUGUUCCUGGUCCUGCUGCUGGUGUUGCGACAGAUGAUGUCGGUUCUGCUGUGGAGGUGGUGGUGGAUGCGAGAAAGCAAUGGAUUUCAUUAAAAGUCUACUUCCGCCUCUGAGGAUGCCCAAGCUGCGAAAGCUCAAACACUGGAACGGCGGCUCCAUUCUCAAUCUCAGCCAGUUAACCAGUUUCGCUUCCCGCAGUCGCCACGUCGGAACGGUAAUUUCAACCACAUCAACCUGCGGCGGAAGCAACGUUCCUCCUCGGCCAACAAUUUCAACGGUGACGACUUCUACCAAACCGGGACACGCCCGAAAACGAUCGGAAAUUUCAACUAUUUCAGCGACGGUCCCCGCGCCAAAAACUUCCACCGCCAACCCGGGCAACUACGGCCUAUACGCACUGAAGUGCGAUCGAAGCGCCGCCAAGCGGGGGAUCCUACUCAGUUUACCGAGAAAGAUUUCCGCCGUGAGUGGUAGCUGCAGCAGCAGCAGCUACCACUCGGAAGUGAUGGUCCACGAGAAGUUUUCCCCCUGUAAGAGAACAGUGAUAGAACCGCCUCCGCGGCGAAAGAAGUUUAGAAAGCGACUGCUGGAAAUGGAACAACAACAACAGCAACGACAGCGGGAACCGCCGACAGUUUACCUCGGAGAUCGAAUGCUGGAGCGGAACCGCAGCGAGCUGUUCCGGAUUGCCGAGCGGGGAUCACAGGAGAACCUGGAUCGGCGACGACGACGAGCGAGUCCUGCUCCUCCGUCAGCUCGGGAGAUCGCUAGCGGAAGGAGAGCUCGGUCGGCGGAUAACAUACUGGCAAGGGAUAGUGAUAGCGAUGAAGGGGAAGAUCAGCGGCAGGUCGGGUCGUAUAAUGUUAGCCGGGAUUACGCCCGGUACGGGCUGCAGUACAGUUCCAGUAUGGAGAGUGAUUUGGAUGGUUUUGGUCGGGAACGACAGAGUAUCGCGCGAGGACGAUUCAAACUGGCGAGUGAUUUUUCGAUUGAGAACAGUUCGGAUAAGAUUGAGGUGCGUUACCAUGCUAAUGAAAGUACGGAGAGUGAAGAGGUUGGAAAGACGGUUCCGAUGCCGACUCGAGUGAUGGCACUGAGACAGGAGAAGGUUAAGCCGCGAAGUGUUACGAAACCAGUGAAAGUGGAGAAGCUUCCGCCGAAGAAGCCGGCGGCAGAGCAGUUUGUUAGUUCUAGUGAUUUUACGGCGAAUUUCAAACCGUUGGCAGCCGUUCUGCAGGAGUCGGUUAAAAGUUCUGACCUCAAACGGAAGUGGUUCAAUGACUUUCUAUCGGAAAGUGACGACGAGCCGGUUAAGUGUAAACCGACGACACUGGUCGAAACGGGUCAGCAGCGUUCGAACGAUUUGUUGUCGAAGAAGUUUGCACUGGUUGCCAAGUUUGAUAAACAGUUGGAGGCACUGGAACGUGGCAGAGGACAAUCGAGUUCAAAAGACUCAGUGGAAAGUGUGAAUAUUUUUAAGAAAUCAAACACCGACUUUGACGAGUUUGACAGGAUGUUCGACGGAGAUGUGAAACGAAGGGAUAGUAUUAAAACGAAGGGUUCCGCGAAUGAUGAGUUCAUCUACAUCAACCGGAAGUCCAAUCUCGGUGAGUUACCUCCCGUUCGAACGCCUCCUCGUCCUCCUUAUACAACCGUGGACCCCCUGCCGAAGAGUACGGUCCAGAUUCAAGACUAUUACGAUAAACACCUGCAGCGAGUCCGGUACGUCGCAUCGCCAUCACCGUCGCGAUCCUUCGACGUGGACAACAAUAAUUUAGUGCUUCCUUUAAAUGUAAUCAACCGUACCGACGUAGGCAGAUGUUAUACCGAGCCGGCAACGACGACGACGAUGACGACGAAUCAAAACGGCCUCGGCUAUUAUAGAACCUAUAAUCAAUCCAGUAACGACCAUAUCCCGUGUAAUCUCAAUAACAAUACUUAUUCUUACUAUACCGAUCCUAUUACAACAACUACUACUAAUGGAACUAGCAUGUCCACUACCGCCGCCGUCGCCGCCGACGCCUCCACCAGCAACGGUAGUGGCGGUGUUUUUAUCGUGGGUGAAACGUUCAAGCGAACCCAGGAAUCGGAAGUUGUCCCGAGAGCAACGCAGAUCCGGCGCUACAUCAACUACAAGUUCGACGAUUACUGUCACAUCGGUGGGGAAGCGGUGGUGGCAGCAGCGGCAAUGCCCGCACCGGUAAGGAAUCCUACACCCACUCGGACACGCCCCCUGCGGACAUUCAACAUCUACGAUUUUCACGCCGACUGCUACAACGAGGAAGGGGUCGUGAUAAUCUAGAGCAUGUAUAAUAAUCCUAAUUACUACUUACUACUCCGGUGUGUAGUGAAAGUGGAGCGACCGGAAGCGGUCAGUGGUGCAACCGGAAGCAGUAACGCUCAGUAACGUGUUUUAGCAAGUAUAUCUCUUCUUAUUGAA